AUGAACGCCGACCAUGACUUUCUGCAAAAGAUGCUGGGCGAACAGUGUUAUAAUGCCAGCGAGCCUUUCAUCCCAGAUUCUUACCGUAUUGGUCUCUCGGGAGCGUGUCGAAUCGAAAAGGAAGCCACCGCCUGCGAAAACAGACUUCUAAAAGUGAACUGGGUCACGUUAUUCGAAGCCGAUGUAAUCGCAGCCAACGCAACCGGAAACCAAGCCGCCAUCCUCGACCAAUGUAUCGAGGGUCUUCACGAGGAGGGUGUCGAUCACGCAUUCACGAGCAGACUAGCGGCGGCUAUCUUCGCCCUGCUCAUCAUCUCCAUUUUCCUCAACGUGGGGGCACUCGCUGUGGCAGCUUGGACCGGCUCCGGUUUCAUAAAGCCGGUAUUCAUCAUCGAACUAGUGGAUGAGAUGAUUCUCGUGACUUGCAUUGGUAUUUUUAUUGGGAUCAUCAACCAUGAAGUUGGGCGAUAUAUUCCUGAUACCCUCCGACUUCGAGAUGUGGAUGAUAAGCAGAUCCUUGGUGUUGGGUUUUGGAUGUUGGUGGCGAUGUUCGCUACGAGGGCCGUCUCUCAUCCACUCUUGUUCAUAACUACUCUAGUGGUUGCGUUGAUUGUUGUCAUUGUUCCGAUUCUCCUGCUGCUUGCGUGCUGUUGCGGAGGGGACAGGCGGGAGGAAGUGGUAAUCGAUAUUCGACACAGGAUAAACGGCAUGUAUGGGGCUGAGGAAUGGGAAAAGUGA